UUGGAGAUUUUGAUUCAGUGUGGAAUAUCAAACAAAUGAUAAAGUUGACACAGGAACAUAUAGAGGCCCUAUUGGACAAAUUUGGUGGGGAGCAUAAUCCACCAUCAAUAUAUCUGGAGGCCUAUGAAGAAUACACCAGCAAGCUAGAUGCCCUCCAACAAAGAGAACAACAGUUAUUGGAAUCCCUGGGGAAUGGAACUGAUUUUUCUGUUUCUAGCUCUGCAUCAACAGACACCGUUACAUCUUCUUCCUCUUCUAGCCUUUCAGUGCUACCUUCAUCUCUUUCAGUUUUUCAAAAUCCCACAGAUGCGUCACGGAGUAACCCCAAGUCACCACAAAAACCUAUUGUUAGAGUCUUCCUGCCCAACAAACAGAGGACAGUGGUACCUGCAAGGUGUGGAGUUACAGUUCGAGACAGUCUAAAGAAAGCACUGAUGAUGAGAGGUCUAAUCCCAGAGUGCUGUGCUGUGUACAGAAUUCAGGAUGGAGAGAAGAAACCAAUUGGCUGGGACACUGAUAUUUCUUGGCUUACUGGAGAAGAAUUACAUGUGGAAGUGUUGGAAAAUGUACCACUUACAACACAUAACUUUGUACGGAAAACUUUUUUCACCUUAGCGUUUUGUGACUUUUGUCGAAAGCUGCUUUUCCAGGGUUUCCGCUGUCAAACAUGUGGUUAUAAAUUUCACCAGCGUUGUAGUACAGAGGUUCCACUGAUGUGUGUUAAUUAUGACCAACUUGAUUUGCUGUUUGUCUCCAAGUUCUUUGAACACCACCCAAUACCACAGGAAGAGACCUCCUUGGCAGAGACUGCCCUUACAUCUGGAGCAUCCCCUUCUGCACCUCCCUCAGACUCUCUUGGGCCCCAAAUUCUUACCAGUCCGUCUCCUUCAAAAUCCAUUCCAAUCCCACAGCCCUUCCGACCAGCAGAUGAAGAUCAUCGAAAUCAAUUUGGGCAACGAGACCGAUCCUCAUCAGCUCCCAACGUGCAUAUAAAUACAAUAGAACCUGUCAAUAUUGAAGAAAAAUUCCCAGAAGUGGAAUUACAGGAUCAAAGGGACUUGAUUAGAGACCAAGGGUUUCGUGGUGAUGGAGGAUCAACCACAGGUUUGUCUGCUACGCCCCCUGCCUCAUUACCUGGCUCACUCACUAAUGUGAAAGCCUUACAGAAAUCUCCAGGACCUCAGAGAGAAAGGAAGUCAUCUUCAUCCUCCGAAGACAGGAAUCGAAUGAAAACACUUGGUAGACGAGACUCAAGUGAUGAUUGGGAGAUUCCUGAUGGGCAGAUUACAGUGGGACAAAGAAUUGGAUCUGGGUCAUUUGGAACAGUCUACAAGGGAAAGUGGCAUGGUGAUGUGGCAGUGAAAAUGUUGAAUGUGACAGCACCCACACCUCAGCAGUUACAGGCCUUCAAAAAUGAAGUAGGAGUACUCAGGAAAACACGACAUGUAAAUAUCCUACUUUUCAUGGGCUAUUCCACAAAGCCACAGCUGGCCAUCGUUACCCAGUGGUGUGAAGGCUCCAGCUUAUAUCACCAUCUCCACAUCAUUGAGACCAAAUUUGAGAUGAUAAAGCUUAUAGAUAUUGCACGGCAGACUGCACAGGGCAUGGAUUAUUUACACGCCAAGUCAAUCAUCCACAGAGACCUCAAGAGUAAUAAUAUAUUUCUUCAUGAAGACCUCACAGUAAAAAUAGGUGACUUUGGUUUAGCCACAGUGAAAUCUCGAUGGAGUGGGUCCCAUCAGUUUGAACAGUUGUCUGGUUCCAUUUUGUGGAUGGCACCAGAAGUGAUCAGAAUGCAAGAUAAAAAUCCAUAUAGCUUUCAGUCGGAUGUGUAUGCAUUUGGGAUUGUUUUGUAUGAAUUGAUGACUGGACAGUUACCUUAUUCAAAUAUCAACAACAGGGACCAGAUAAUUUUUAUGGUGGGACGAGGAUACCUAUCUCCAGAUCUCAGUAAGGUACGGAGUAACUGUCCAAAAGCCAUGAAGAGAUUAAUGGCAGAGUGCCUCAAAAAGAAAAGAGAUGAGAGAAAACUCUUUCCUCAAAUUCUCGCCUCUAUUGAGCUGCUGGCCCGCUCAUUGCCAAAAAUUCACCGCAGUGCAUCAGAACCCUCCUUGAAUCGGGCUGGUUUCCAAACAGAGGAUUUUAGUCUAUAUGCUUGUGCUUCUCCAAAAACACCCAUCCAGGCAGGGGGAUAUGGAGAAUUUGCAGCCUUCAAGUAGCCACACCAUCAUGGCAGCAUCUACUCUUAUUUCUUAAGUCUUGUGUUUGUACGAUUUGUUAACAUCACAACACAGUUCUGUUCCUCAAAUCUUUUCUUAAAGAUACAGAAUUUUCAAUGCAUAAGCUGGUGUGGAACAGAAUGGAAUUUCCUAUCCAACAAAAGAGGGAAGAGUGUUUUAGGAACCAGAAUUCUCUGCUGCCAAUGUUUCUUCUUCAACACAAAUACCACGUGCAUACAAGUCUGCCCACUCCCAGCAAGAAAGAGGAGAGACCCUGAAUUCUGACCUUUUGAUGGUCAGGCAUGAUGGAAAGAAACUGCUGCUACAGCUUGGGAGAUUUGCUAUGGAAAAUCUGCCAGUCAACUUUGCCCUCUAACCACCAGAUCAAUGUGUGGCUGAUCAUCUGAUGGGCAUUUCCAAUCACCAAGCAUCGUUCUCUUUCCUGUUCUGGGGUUUUGUUGUGGAGCUCUUUUCCCUAGCCACCACCGGUUAAUUUCUGCGGGAUGGAACAAAAAUGCAGCAUGCCCUUUCUGUGUGAUGCAAGGGGUCUGAUAAAUUUUAUCAAAAUGAAGCUGUUUUAUAUAAAUGGAGUAUGAGAAGUGAGGAGAAGCUAUUUUGGUAUAGAGGAAAAGGAAAUGCUGCAUCUUUGUCCCGACCGUCUGGGUGUCUGGCCGUCUGUGUCCUUGUGCACUAAGGGUUUCCCUAACCCAGCAGGCUGGAGAGUGCCGGUACACAUUGCCUUCUUUUCUCACUGGGUCCAGCAAUGAAGACAAGUGCUUGGGGGUUUUUCCCUCCACAAUGUAGCAAAUUCUCAGGAAAACACAGUUUGUAGCUUCCUCCUAAGCUCUUCCAAUCACCAAGUACUUACAUGGCUACUUUGUCUGGGGCACAAAAUGCUGUGGCAGUGUCUAAUUAAAAGCCUACAAAACUGCUUAGUAACAGUUUUGAAUGUGAGAAAUUUAUGUAAUUUAAAUGUAAGGUACAGGUUUUAAUUUCUGAGUUUCUUCUAUUAUAUUUUUUAUUAAAAAGAAAAUAGUUUUCAGAUUUGAGUUGAAUAAAAUAAUACUUCCCACCAGAAUUAUAUAACCUGAAAAUCAUAUUUUUGUUAUAUAAACAACUUUUCAAGAAAGAUCAUUAGCCUUUUCUCUACCUAAAUAUGGGGAGUCUUAGCAUAAUGACAAUUCUUUAUAAUUUUUAAAUUAAUGGUACUUGCUGGAUCCACACUAACAUCUUUGCUAAUAAUCUCAUUGUUUCUUCUAACUUAUUCCUACAUUACAUUCUACAUCCUCUUUCUAGUCUUUUAUCUAGAAUAUGCAACUAAAAUAAAAAUGGUGGUGUCUCCAUUCAUUCUCCUUCUUCCUUUUUUCCCAAGCCUGGUCUUCAAAAGGUUAUGUAAUUUGUCACUUGAGAUCCCCAAGGAGAGGAUAGAGCAAUUUUUAGGGAUUUGGGACUGAGGGAGGGUUUGCAAAGCCUGUUAUCAGUUGUUUUCAUAGAAUGAGCUGCUGUGGUCUUAAGAACAUAAACCUUAUCUUUGCACAAAUGGAAAUAUAACCUUGUCUUAGUUUCCCCUGGCCUUUAUUAAAGGACAGUAUAAAUCACAGUAGUAUCAAAGAAAGCGACUCAGGAUCUAUUAAUGGCAAAUACCUCUUUCAUCAGGAGUCUAGACUAGGAUUUAGGUAUAUAAAUUAAAUCAGAUGUACUUAGCCUAACCAAGCUGUAGCCAAGGACCUGAAGGAAAUUAGAUAGGAUCUAAAGUAAAUCGAGAAAUUAGAAGUUAUUAUUUUGAAAGUUUAUAUUGUAACUCCUAGCCCCACAGUCCUUUAGCUGACUGAAAGCUUACCACCAUUAGAUGAAUACCUGUAUUUAGAGGAAGGUCUACUGAAAAUUUCUUGGAUUUGUAAAAGUUUGUCCCAUUAGAAUGGACACUAUCCUGAAGUUACUAAUCAGAUUGAAACUAGUGUAUUUUUAAGUCUUAUUUGAACAGAGCAGUUUCUUAUAAAAUUCAGAAAUGCAAAAGCAGAAGUCAUUCAUGUUGAUUCUGUGCAUAAUGCUGCCUCUCUUUACAGAGCAUUGGUUAUUUAUUUUUAUUUAUUUUUUAAAUAUGUCUUUGUAGAUGCUUUUCAACAUGGCUGUGUUCGCUUUACUAAAUGUGGCUCUGAGUCCCCCUGGGUUGAAAAAGCUGGCCUUGAACAACAGGAGUGCAUUUCAUGUUUUGCCGCGCAGGUACAGCCUGCCAGGCAUUCCUCAGUCCGGGAUACCUCAACAGGGCGGCAGCCAGCAUGGGUAGGAAGGAAGCUUCGCAUUCGUGUUUUCUAAACAGAAUUCAGGGUGGUACUCUUGUUUUCCUCUCAUUUUAGAAUAGGUUGCAAUUUCAUUGGAAAGAGGGGAGCAGACUUGAUAGCAAAUGAAGCUGUGCACAGAAGCCAGGCUCAGGGUAUUUAGAGAUUUUUGUAGAGACCUGGAAAAAGUAAAAUGUUCAGACUUUCCUUUUUCCCAUCAAAUAGUUUUUUCUCUAGUUUACAAGUGACAUGAAGAGGAAUUUCCUUCAAGUUUUAUUUGCUUUAUGUUUUGAUGCUUAGACUACAAGUAGACUUGAGCUCCUAAGAAAAUACAAGGAAAGAAAUCCUUGUUUGUACAAAGCACUUUAUAAGUAAUUUGUACGUAAGUACGUAAGUAUAGACAGUAUGUGGCUGCUUCGCUGAUCAUCUUGUAAGGUAGCAUCAAUCAGUCUUGUCUGUAAAGUGGCUGCAGUGCCUUUUGUGUAGGGUAUUUUAUUUUUAAUAGGGAGAGGUGAAGCCUUCAGAAAACUUUCAGAGCAACUCUAAAGGAUUGUUGUUAAAUUUAUAGUAUUCCUGAUGGACUUUUUUUCAUCAUCAGACUAUAAUCUAGGAACUAGGUUUUUGUCACUGAAAUUAUACUGACCAAAAAAGUAGUUAUAAAAGCAAUUUGUGGAUAGAAAGCCCAGUGUGAUUGUUCAUCUUUUUGUGCAUCUUAAAAGAAGAUUCUGUCUAGCUGUCAAAUUCUGGUUCCUGAACAUCCCAUCCCUGAUUGUAAUUGAGAUCUGGUAGGAUGUGCUGGGGCAUCUUGGAAGAUAACCUGCAUAUAAAUUUUAUGUGUAUAUUUAUGUCGGUGUUGGAGAAGAACAUUACAGAAAUAAAUAAUUCAAGCCUUUGGCACUGUCAAUCUGAACCUUUGUAAAUAUUUCCUAGAUUUGCGUUUGGUGCCAUCACUGCUCCUGUAUCACCCAGUGUUCUCUUGUGUUCAUCAGGCACUGCCCAACUGCUGCACACCCCUUCUCAGAUCCCACCUGGCCCCACUCUCCACUCAUCCACCUUGCCAGCCUCUUGCAAACCUAUCAUUUAGCUUUAGUUUGAAACACAUUGCAGGGUCCCGGUGACCUCUUCAAAAAACUACCUCCUCUGGAUGAGGUAAUGAAUAGUUUCUUACUUUAAAAUACAAAAAGUUGGGAGCUCUAGAACAUGAAGAUGAUUGAUGAUUUUAACUUUUAUGUGUACUGGUAUUUGAGCACUCUCAUUUUGUCCUAAAGGGCAUUAUACAGUUAAGCAGUAAUACUAUAAAAAAUGCGUAGCUCAGAAUAUCUGAAUGUUGUUGCAAGUGGUGCCAGAAUCUGUUUAGGGGUACAUUUCAGAAUCUUAUCCUUUCCGUCAGUUGUAUGAAAUUAGUUAUGGUAUCACUUCACUUCAGUGAUACCAUUUUAAUUUUCAGUAGGCUUGGCAAGACAGCACAUCUUCAUAAUGAGUUAGCCACAGCUUUGUCACAUGCAGAUAGCCAUCGAGAGAGACUGCCCAGCUGAGAGGGUAAAGUGAUUACCCUCUUUGCAAGAUUCUCUUCUUCAUCCAAGUUGGCAUUGUUAGUACUAGAAUAUCAACACCUUGAGAGUAGCAGAUUCCAACCAUUAGGCUAUCAAAAAAGAAAAAAAAAACAUAGCCAGAGAUGGGAAAUUUAAUGUGAGUAUGAACAGCGAAGAAGGGACAAGGUCAUACGUUGAAAUGGUGUAGGUGAGGCUCUAGAAAAAUAUCUUGACAAUUUGCCAAAUGAUCUUACUGUGCCUUCAUGAUGCAAUAAAAAAGCUAAAAUUUCAGCAGGAAUCAGCGAUUUGUGAAGAGAGCAGCCACUCUGGUUCAACUCAGCUGUUGUUAAAUUUUUUAGAGUGCAGUCUAGACUGCGAAGAUAAAUGCACUAAAGAGUUUAUAGCCAAAUUCACAUUUUAAAAAUGAGGAAACACACAGGUAAAUUUUCAGUGAACAAAAUUAUUUUUUUAAAGCACAUAAUCCCUAGUGUAGUCAGAUAUAUUUAUUGCAUAGAGCAACUAGGCUGAAAAUAUAGUUCAAUGACAUUUCUAGAGAAACUUUUUCUACUCCCAUAGGUUCUUCAAAGCGUGGAACUUUUAUACAGCAGAAAUGUUUGACAGACAUUAAAAAAAGAAUUGCUGUAGUUUAGGGUCAAUGUACUGUAUGCUGGGCAGCAAUCCUGUGUAUCGGAGAAAAGGAGGGGAUUCAAAUAGAGGAUGGAAUUUGUCUUUCUCAGUCUCCAGACUACUUCUGUCAGUCUUGACACUGGUUUUCCAGUUUGAAAUGUAAACCUGCCUCCCAGGACUAGUUUGCAAAUGAAGCUGAACUGGGUGGGCUACUAACCCCGCUCUGGUGCACUUGAGACGGGCAGGUCUCUGAAGGCAUCCUUCAUGAGAAUGCCUGGCCAGUGGGUGUAAAACUGGACAUAAUGGUUCUUGUAUCUUGUUUCGUUCCUCACCACCUGCAGAAAGACAGUGUAUCGUCUCUCCAGCACAUUCUUGACACCUUUUUCUGAGCUGGUUUCCUCGUGCCCAGGUGUAGUUGAGUCCCCAAGGAGGGUAGUGGCAUCUCUGCCUACAGAGAUGAUGGUUUGUAGAUUGGCCAUAGGGGGUGGCCAGUGUAUUCAUGAUCUGUGCUCUAGUAAAACUGAAAAUACUGGUUAGAUGUUUUUUUAAUACCAAUACUUUUGACAGUAAGCUUUGUUUUAUUGUUUUCCAGUAAUCUAUUUGUACUUCUGUCUGGGCAGGGACAUUUAAAUUAAAAUGCAGUCCUAAUUUUUGUUAAGUGUGGAAAGAAUAAUUAACAAGUUCUAUCAGGUACUUUUAAGGUGGAAAAACAGAAACUAAAAUUCUAAAACCUUAAAGUAGCAGUGCUUUAAAAAAAAAAAGAAAAAACCCAUCGGGAUAGUAAGUGCUCACCUCAAUGAAGUGAUUAAAGUAGAUCCUUUAUUUCAUCAUUCACAACUUCAGUUGUUAUAUUUUAUUAAUUACUAAAUCAGCUUCACUAAAAUGUUUAUUUUUAUUAAGCUGUUUUGACUGAUUGUGACAACGUAACUAGUAGUUGCACAUGAGGACACAGCCAGUAUCCAUUUCUUGUGCAUUUUUUAAAAAGAAUUCUAUAGAUUGAAGUUCUCUUUUCAAAACAGAACUGCAAUAUGUUUAUCUGUUAGUAUAAAAGCUAUUUUUGUGCAAACCGUCUGCUUCUCCUGGCAGGCCGAGUACACGAUGCAGCUGCUACACCACUGGUUCUCAUCUACAGCAUGUGUGCUGCGGGGUUGGGCAGAAUGCACACAGAAAUGUGGCAAAGGAAGUGUCUGUUUACAGGGAUGGGGUGAGGAUGUUGAGUAAGUUGCUUCUACUUAAUCCUGGUUUUGUUUUGAAAGUCACCCUGUGUUGCAUUUGUGUGUUAAUAAGCCUUACAUGUUUUGGUGGAGUAUGGAUUACAUAGGAGAAAACUGCAAACUAGCGUAAGCAACAGGCUCACAGGCCAGGCACAGAUGUAGAGCAGUGGGCCAAAUGAAAGUGGGAGAGUAAGUCUAGAGAGGGAAAAUUUUAUGUGGGUGGGAAAUAAACUAUAAUUGAAAUGAAAUGUAAGAGUGCAAUAAGUGUGCUUUAUAUUCUAAGCUGUGAACAGUUUAUCAUUCCUUCCUAAUACAUUUGUAUGUACCAUAGCUGAGUAAAACCAGCUGUGUAAACAUAUAACGCCUUUUUAUUCAUGUUAAUUACCAACACAGGUGGCUAACCUUUGUGUCUUAUUUAUCUUCAUGUUACAUUAGUUUACAUACAGGUGUGUGUGUGUGUGCACGCGCGUGCGUGCUGUACCAUUUCCUUUUUUCAUUUGAAAGUGCAUUCACUGGGCCCGCUGUUCCUUUGGAUGUGCCACGUGGUACAGUCUUGGUUUGGCCACCUCGCUAUACCGCCUGAUUGGAAGACUGUAUCACAGUGAUAUGUAUUUGUGGUAAUCUCCUUUUUUGCUUGUACAUCUGAUCUUUCCCUCACUCAGCAAAUGCUACUUCUCCUAAGCCAGGAUGAUACAGCUCAUCAGGGGGUCGAAUUUUACCAUCCUCAACAUUAUGUCUCUGAAUUUUAUUCAAUAUUUGUGAUUGCUCUUUGGUUUAGACCAAUAAAAUGGAAUUUCACCCCUUUCAUGUACUCCUUGGUUUGAGGACAAGUCUGUACAGGAGAAGGAAGGGAAAUACUUAAUGUUUGAACUGCAGUGAAUUAAUAAAUGGCGCUUUUUCAGCACUCCAAACCUUGUGGCGACAUUCAGAUACACAUUCCUCUUUGUUACUGCCAGAGGUUUGGGCUUAGUUUACUUCGGUUCCACUCAAGCAUUGAAAAGGUUCUCAUGGAGUCUGGGGUUUUGCCCAGUGAAAAGAUAGGGACUUUUUAAUUGUCCACAGACCUCUCUAUACCUGCUUUGCAAAAAUUACAAUGGAGUAACUAUUUUUAAAGCUUAUUUUUCAAUUCAUGAAAAAAGACAUUUAUUUUCAGUCAAAUGGAUGAUGUCUCUCUCUUGUCCCUUAAUCCUGUUUGCUUGACUUUUUUUUAAUUCUUCCCCAUACCCACUUCCUGAUACUUUGGUUCUCUUUCCUGCUCAGGUCCCUUCAUUUGUACUUUGGAGUUUUUCUCAUGUAAAUUUGUAUAAUGGAAAAUAUUGUUCAGUUUGGAUAGAAAGCAUGGAGAAUUAAAUUUUAAAAAGAUAGCUGAAAUUCAGAUUGAAGAAAUUUAUUUCUGUGUAAAGUUAUUUAAAAACUGUAUUAUAUAAAAGGCAAAAAAAGUUCUACGUACUUGAUGUGAAUAUGCGAAUAUUGCUAUAAUAAAGAUUGACUGCAUGAA